AUGGAACAAAGAGAGGAGGCCAUCAGAACCCUAAACGAGAAAAUUGAAGACAUGCAAGAGAUCGUCAACAAUAUUCCUGAGGGUAAUCCGCUAAAGGCGAAGGCAUUCAGUGGACUCGGGAGGCUAUUCAAAGAGAAGUUCUACAUAACUGACGAUAAAAGUGACAUUAACAAUGCAAUUACAAAUGCACUGGAGGCCGUCACUGCGACUGAAGACAGGCACAAUCGUCGGACGUUGCUAAAUGAUCUUGGGAUUUAUUACCGCGAGAAGUUUCUGCUCAGUGACGACUUGCCAGACAUUGACAAAGCGGUCAACUAUCUCAGGGAAGUCAUUGACACCUACUCACGUGAGGAUCUGAUCCCAGCAAGAGUCUUUAACAGUCUCGGAACGGCUCUUGGAGAUCGGUAUCUGAAAGAUGGGAAGGACGCAGAUAUCGAUGAAGCGAUAGAGCACAUCAGAAACGCGAUCAGCGCUACACCCGCCAAUGACCCAGACAAGGCAAGACUCUGGAACGACUUGGCAAGUCUCCAUGGAGAUCGAUUUUCGAAGAAAGGCGAGAUGCCUGACCUUGAUCAGGCUAUUCAGAACGCCCACGAAGCGAUUCAGUUGACUCCGGAUGAUCACCCAAUGUAUGCGACCCGUUCGAACAAUCUUGCGACUCUACUGCGAGACCGAAAUCAAAUCGGUCCAACAGAGAGAGGUCUAGACGCAGCGGUAGGCUUCGCGCAACACGCGGUGACAGCCAAUACCCACAACAAGUCGGAACGUGCAAUAUAUUUGAGCAAUCUAGCCGAGAUACUGGGCGAGAUAUCUGUGAGAAGAGACUCUCAGGCAGCGGACUUUGACCCUGCUAUUGAAUACGCGCAAGAAGCUAUAGAUAUGACGGAGAAGGACCACCCGGAUAGACCCAGACGCUUGAGCAACCUUGGUGGGCUCCUCCGACAAAAGGCUCUUAAACUUCCACCUGAAGAUGCGAAAUCAUGCCUCGAAAGGGCUAUUGAGGUCACUUUCUGUGCAGUAAAAGCAACAAAGACUGAUGAUCAGGACUAUGCUGCACGCGCGAACAAUCUGGGCCUUCUUUUUGGUGAUGCAUACCGAUGCAAUGGCCGACCGGAUGAUCUGGACAAGGCGAUUCAAUAUUCCAAAGAAGCCAUCGACGGGACAGACGACGAUAGUCCGGACCUUGCGACGUACUACAGUAAUCUGGGAAGUUUGUUCCACGACAGAUAUGAGUUGCACGGCCAGGCACGGCAGGAAGACCUGCGGACUGCAAUGUCGGCAUAUGAAUCCUGCCUUGGGACGUCAAGCGGGUUUCCACUGACUCGCGUACUUGCGGGACAAACGGCUGUGUACCAUCUGGCAGCGGAGAAGAAUUGGAUCAAAGCCGCUCAGCUGCUAGACCAGAUUUUAGGUUUACUCCCUAUGAUCACGCAACCAACCAGUGCUCGGGACGAUCUGCAACAUACCCUUCGACAGCUCUUCGGACUCGCAUCGGUGACGGGCUCUGUUUUCCUCAAGGCUGGAAGAUCUCCAGCCAAAGCUUUACAGGCGCUCGAGCAGAGCCGAGGGAUCAUCUCGAGUCUGAUGAUGGACUUCAGAGCAGAUUUAUCAUCUCUCGACGAAGAGCAUGAUGACAAGCGGUCUCGGUAUGUCAAAAUCAGACAGCAAAUCACAACUGCGAAUAGGUUUCGAGAUUCCAGCUUUCUUGAAACAUCACCGAGAGACUACAUGACACACGAUGAACAUAUCCGUCGGCUGUUCAAGGAUCUGUCUGAUAUCCAAAACGAGAUACGACAAUGUCCCGGGUUUGAAAACUUCCUCCUACCUCCUUCGGAGAAUGAGAUCUCGGACUUGGCUGGAGACGGGCCGCUCGUUUCAUUUAAUGUUAGCGACUUCAGCAGCGAAGCGUUCUUAGUAACUACACAAGGCGUAAAGGUGGUAGAACUGCCUGACCUGAGGAAAGGAAAUGCUCGGCGAGUCAUUGACGCCUGCGCUUCAAGAGGGAACGUUGCACGACGGGAUGGAUUGCUUUCUAUUGGGGGAAAAAAACAAGAACAGCCCCUCGUUUCAGAUGCUCCAACCGAGUUGUCAACCCUGUGGAAAGUCGCGGUAAAGCCUGUCCUUUCCAAAUUGGGGCUUUUGACGGCGGUGUCCACCGAAAAGCUGCCGCACAUCUGGUGGGUUGGUGGUGGGAUAAUGGCACAAGCCCCUAUUCACGCAGCUGGCUACCACUCCAAGGGAUCAACGGAGAACACGCUGAGCCAUGUCGUCUCCUCGUAUGUCACGACUCUGAAAACACUCCAGCUCAUCAGAAAAAGACCUCCAACAUGGCGAGGGAAACUCAAGCCAAAAGUCCUUGUUGUUUCAAUGCCAAACACACCAGACCAUAACGUUACGCUCAACGUUGCAGAUGAAGCGGAGGCGAUUGGGAAGCAUAUUGGUUCGUGGGCGUGCACGAAAGUCUUGGAGCAGCCUACCAAGCAGGAAGUUCUCGACGAGUUCUCGACGUGCACAGUAGCACACUUUGCCUGUCACGGCAUUGCAGACUCGGUUGAGCCUGCCAAAAGUGCUCUUCUUCUUGGUAGGGAGAAGCAGGAGCGCCUCGCCCUCGGGGAUUUGGACACGGUCAUCCAUGACGGAGUGGAACUGGCGUAUCUCUCGGCUUGUUCGACCGCGGAGCUGAAAGUGGAAGACCUGGUUGACGAGAGCAUCCACUUGGCCAGUUCUUUCCAACUCAGCGGCUUCAGACACGUUAUCGGGACGCUGUGGGGUGCAGACGACGCAGCCGCGGUCGCCAUUGCAGGGAAGUUCUACGAAGAGUUGGUCAGGGAGAUGGAUUCGGAGGGAUUCUCCGUGUCGCAUGCGCUCCACCGUGCCGUGGCAGAUUUUCGAGGUCGGCAAGAAAACUGCGCAGCGGCCUGGAAGUGGGCGCCGUUUAUCCACAUGGGAUGUUAA